CUCUUGGCGGGGUUGUGGUAGGCGGGUCGUGGACCCUCCCGUAUAAAGCGGUCCCGGGGGAGUGCGGAGAAGGGGGGGGUCUCGGCAGCCGGAGGAGGAGUAGGUGCGGGUGAAGAUGGCGGCAGCCGAGGCCGCGAACUGCAUCAUGGAGGUGUCCUGUGGCCAGGCAGAGAGCACAGAGAAGCCCAACGCAGAGGACAUGACGUCCAAAGAUUACUAUUUCGACUCCUAUGCCCACUUCGGCAUACAUGAGGAGAUGCUGAAAGAUGAGGUACGAACCCUCACGUACCGCAACUCCAUGUUCCACAACCGGCACCUCUUCAAGGACAAAGUGGUGCUGGAUGUGGGCUCAGGCACGGGCAUCCUCUGCAUGUUUGCUGCCAAGGCGGGGGCCCGCAAGGUCAUCGGGAUCGAGUGUUCCAGUAUCUCUGAUUACGCGGUGAAGAUCGUCAAGGCCAACAAGUUAGACCACGUGGUGACCAUCAUCAAAGGGAAGGUGGAGGAGGUGGAGCUGCCCGUGGAGAAGGUGGACAUCAUCAUCAGCGAGUGGAUGGGUUACUGUCUUUUCUACGAGUCCAUGCUGAACACUGUCCUCUACGCGCGCGACAAGUGGCUGGCCCCCGACGGCCUCAUCUUCCCAGACCGAGCCACGCUGUAUGUGACGGCCAUUGAGGACCGACAAUACAAGGACUACAAGAUCCACUGGUGGGAGAACGUGUAUGGCUUUGACAUGUCCUGCAUCAAGGAUGUGGCCAUCAAGGAGCCCCUGGUGGAUGUGGUUGACCCCAAGCAGCUGGUCACCAACGCCUGCCUGAUAAAGGAGGUGGACAUCUACACCGUCAAAGUGGAAGACCUCACCUUCACGUCGCCCUUCUGCCUGCAAGUAAAGCGGAAUGACUACGUGCACGCCCUGGUGGCCUACUUCAACAUCGAGUUCACGCGCUGCCACAAGAGGACCGGCUUCUCCACCAGCCCCGAGUCCCCGUACACACAUUGGAAGCAGACGGUGUUCUACAUGGAGGACUACCUGACGGUGAAGACCGGCGAGGAGAUCUUUGGCACCAUCGGCAUGCGGCCCAAUGCCAAGAACAACCGCGACCUGGACUUCACCAUCGACUUGGACUUCAAGGGCCAGCUGUGUGAGCUGUCCUGCUCCACCGACUACCGGAUGCGCUGAGCCUGGCCCCUCCAUGGCCGGGCCGGCCCUGCACGGGCCCAAGGGCCACGGCCUUCUUAGGCGGUUUUGGGGCUCCCCCUUUCUCUCCCUCCCUCUCACAGAAGGGGGCUUUGGGGGCCUGGGCUGGGAGGGGGGCACAUCGUGACUGUGUUUUUCAUAACUUAUGUUUUUAUAUGGUUGCAUUUACGCCAAUAAAUCCUCCGCUGGGA